AUGCCCGGCGGCUUCCUCGCAAGCCUCCUCGGCAGGUCAUCGUCGUCGUCCAAGGCGCCGCCUGCACCUGCCACUGCACCAGUCAGCGUCGCCGCCGAUGCUCCCGCUGCCGAAGCUCCCAAGAACAAGCUCAAGAGCGCCCUCGCAUCUCCGUCCAAGCAUGCUGUGGACGACGCACCGAGGGUCCUGACCGGACCCGCCAACACCUCUCGUCGCCUAGCCGACACGGCCCAGCCGCUCCAAGCCGACAGCGGAGGUGCUGCCGGUCCAAAGGCGAGGAGGGCCUGGUACGCGUUCGACAAAGCCGCCACACCGCCUCUGGAGCGUUCAGCGUCAGACGACCGUCCCGACCAGCAGCUGCAGAUCUGGCCGUCCAAGUCCAAGGCCCGGGUGGACGUGGUCAAGGACAAGCAAGCCAGCAGAUCGCUGCCGUUCCGGCACAAGCGCCAUGUCUCGUUCUCCGUCCCGGAAGCUCCAGCAAAGCCCGAUAUCCGACGCCACCAGCGAACCCCCUCUGGCACCGACCUGGACCGGCGGCGCGACGAGAGACCGCUGCAUCUCUCUAGCCACCGCCAGUCGACGUCCCUGCGCCAGAUGCAGCCAUUCGAGCAUGGCGAGCGCGGCGAGCGCGGUCUGGCCAGGAUUGCAGAGGAUUCCGACCGUCAGCGACCUGGAGCGGAGGUCCGACCCCCGCAGCCGCUUGGAGCUACAGCCAGAGUGCGCCGAUCCGAUGGCGGUGGCCUCGCCUGGAAGCUGCAGAACGACGGCGUCACGACCAUGCAAGCACAGUCGCCGGCCAGGAUGGUCGUCGUCAGCUCCGAGGCGGCGCCUGGCGCGAGGUCGAUGUAUGCAUCGCCCCCACCAGUGCCGCAGCAGCACCGGCCACAGGACGCCUACCGCGCGCCGAGGGACCUCGAACGCGCUCGAGACGAGCGGACCGCUCCGAGACUCGCCUACCCUCGAGCGCGCCCAGCCCGUCGGGAUGCCGCCGAACUGUCGGACGCCUCGAGCGACGGCGGUCGGCCAAAGAUGCGCCCGACCUCGGACCGGGAGCGGGCCCGCAGGGACGGGGAGCUACCGGAGCGGGAUGCGGCCGGCAGCCAGGCAGCCCGACGCCGUCGUCCAGAAGCCCAUUCUCGCUCCCUGCAGAACCCCUCGACGGGGCUGCGAGGCCCGACUGUGCCCAGCAGCGCUCGCAACCAGCUGCGGUCCCAGCCUGCGGCCUUCUUUGGCAUGGUCGGUGCCUAA